AUGAAAGUUGAGACCUUGGAUAUUCUUGGGCCGAUGCAGGAUUCUCGGCAUAGUAAGUAUCUUGGUCUUCCCUCCAUCAUUGACAAAUCAAAGAUGGAUGUAUUUGCAGAGAUCAAAGAAAGAGUUGCAAGGAAAUUGUCUGGAUGGAAGGAAAAAAUUCUUUCCAUAGGUGGUAGGGAGAUCUUGAUCAAAGCGGUGGCCCAAGUUAUUCCUACAUACACUAUGAGUUGUUUUCAGCUUCCUAAAGGGUUGUGUGAUGAGAUUGAAAGCAUGAUGAAAGGGUUUUGGUGGGGUCAACGGGGUCAGGAGUCCAAGAUUUCUUGGGUGAGCUGGAGGAAGUUAUGCAAUUCCAAGCUUAAAGGUGGGAUGGGUUUCAGAAAUCUCCAAGCAUUCAAUUUUGCCAUGCUAGCAAAGCAAGGUUGGAGGCUCCUUGAGAACCCAAACUCAUUAGUAGCUCGAAUUUAUAGAGCUAAGUACUAUCCCCAUGGUGAUGUUCUUAAAGCUGGUUUGGGGUCUAGUCCUUCCUUUUCUUGGAGAAGCAUAAGGCAGGGGCUAGAAGUUGUGAGGAAAGGAACGCGAUGGACAGUUGAAGAUGGAAAGUAG